GCAACUCAAAUAUUUUAGAAAAGAUAUUCAUAACAACCAAACACAUUUAACCCUAUUUAUUCUAAUCAAUCCUUCUUUGCCUCUUCACCACCGGACUAAACGACGCCGACCACCGUUUUCCUCCGUUCACCGCCGUGCUUCUAGUCCUCUGCUUCCUCACUCUCUAGCGAUGAAGAUCGAAGAAAAACCAAAGACGGUAGAGUUCAAAUGGGGGAAAAAGCGUGGAAAAGGAGGCAAAAAGAGAGACAUACAGUUCUACGAAUCGUUCACCUUGAAUGGUGUUGAUUACUCGCUUUUUGAUACUGUUUAUAUUAAAAAUGGAGCCCAAUCUGAACCUCAUAUUGGAAAAAUCAUCAAGAUAUGGGAAACUUCUACUAGUGAAAAGGCUAGGAAAAUUAAGAUUCAGCGGUUUGUUCGUCCGCGUGAGAUCUCAAAGCUUUUGACUAGGGUUAAGAUUUAUUAUAAUGAAUUGUUCUUGGCUUGUGGUGAUUGCACUGAACUCGCCAUCAUCAAUCCUCUGGAAUCUAUUACUGGGAAAUGCAAUGUUGUUUGCAUUUCUAAGGACUCUAGGAAUCCACAACCAUCAGAUGUAGCAUUUCGGAAAGCUAGCUUUGUGUUCUAUCGUUACUUUGAUGUUGGGCAGCGUAAAAUAGUGGAGGAAGUAGAUGACAAGAUUUCUGGAGUUGAAGUUAAAAACUUUUUUAACAAAGUGGCAUAGUCAAAAGCCUGUUGCUGCUGCUGCUGUAAAACAUUGUCUAUAAGAGAAAGAAGUUGAUGGGGAAUGCCUUGAAAAGUAGUGAAGUUGCUUUUCUGAGU